GGCUUGCGUGUGACGAGAAAGAUUUAUAUUGGUUGUUAGAAGAAGUAACUCAAGAGCAACAAAACUUGACUGUAGCUAUAAUAGAUUUUGUGAUGACUGAAGAAACCUGUGAUAUAGACAUACUUAGAAGAGCGUUAUAUUGUCAGAUCCAAAGAGCUGAAAUAAGACGAAACGGUUACUCAAUGAUAAACAGUAUUCUGCACUCGUCUCAAACGUUAUCUGAAAGCGUGAAAUACGCCGCCCUGGCUGGUCUAUUAGGCGCUUGUUUGUCAGACGCAGUACCAUACGUGCCACUCAAACCCACUAUACCUUUAACUCACCCGCUUAUAGGGAUAGAGUCUGUGAUACCAUACUCGAAGUACAUGGUUCUAUUAGAACGGUCUAAGUUGAUGAAUUACAUACUGAUAGAGUUGAAAGCGAGGGUUUUGGAAGGUGAACAGACUCAGACGUUGCCGCUGAAGACGAGUGCGAACUGCGGAGCCCAUGCGUUGUUGAAUAGACCUUCGAGAGCAAGAUUCUUGAUAACUUUCCUAUCACUUCUGAUAGAAGGAUGUCAAGGUCCCGAACUAGAGCAGCUUAUAAACGGUGGCGCCCUCAGCUCGAGUUGAAAGAUUUUCGGGUUG